GAAUGCCAUAUGGUGUUAUUGUUGCAAUGGGAAUAUUAAAAAAAGCUGCAGCUCUGGUAAAUAAAGAAUAUGGAUUAGAUCCGAAAAUAGCAGAUGCUAUUAGCAAAGCUGCAGAUGACGUUAUAUGUGGGGACCUUUAUAAUGAUCAUUUUCCAUUGGUAAUUUGGCAAACAGGUUCUGGUACACAGACCAAUAUGAACACCAAUGAGGUAAUUUCAAAUCGUGCAAUUGAAAUACUUGGUGGUCAGCUGGGGUCAAAAAAUCCAGUGCAUCCAAAUGAUCAUGUAAACAAAGCUCAAAGUAGUAAUGAUACAUUUCCAACUGCUAUGCACAUAGCAGUUGCUUUGGAAAUUAACAGAGUACUGAUUCCUGGUUUGACACAAUUAUAUAAGGCAUUAGAUGAAAAAUCUAAAGCAUGGAAAGAUAUUAUAAAAAUUGGUAGAACUCAUACUCAGGAUGCUGUUCCCCUGACAUUAGGACAAGAGUUUUCAGGUUAUGCAGCACAAGUUUGUAAUGGCAUUAAAAGGGUAGAAAAUACUCUUCCAAGAUUGUAUGAAUUGGCACUUGGUGGUACUGCAGUAGGUACAGGAUUAAAUACUGCAAAAGGUUUUGGAGAGAAAGCAGCUGCAAAAAUUGCAGAAAUUACUGGUUUACCAUUUGUAACUGCUCCUAAUAAAUUUGAAGUUUUAGCUAGUAAAGAUACUAUGGUUGAAGUGCAUGGGGCAUUUAAUACAGUAGCAGUUUCACUUAUGAAGAUAGCUAAUGAUAUUCGAUUUUUGGGAAGUGGACCUCGUUGUGGUUUGGGAGAAUUAUCUCUUCCAGAAAAUGAACCUGGAAGUUCUAUUAUGCCUGGUAAAGUUAAUCCAACACAGUGUGAAGCAUUGACUAUGGUUUGUUGUCAAGUAAUGGGUAAUCAUGUUGCUGUAACCGUUGGUGGAAGCAAUGGUCAUUUCGAACUCAAUGUAUUUAAGCCUAUGAUAGUUGCAAACACUUUAAGAUCUGCGAGACUAUUAGGUGAUGCCGCCGCAUCAUUUACAAAGAACUGCGUUGUUGGUAUUAAGCCUAAUGUAGACCGCAUUAAGAAACUUUUAAAUGAAAGCUUAAUGCUUGUUACUGCUUUAAAUCCACAUAUUGGUUAUGAUAAGGCUGCUAAAAUUGCAAAGCAAGCUCAUGCAGAGAACCUCACAUUAAGAGAAUCAGCACUGAAGAAUGGUUUAACUGAAGAACAAUUUGAUAAGUGGGUAAAACCAGAAGAUAUGCUUGGUCCUAAAUAAAUUUGAUUCUGCACAAUGAAGCUAAAAAAUGAAAUU